CCCGGGAGGACAAAACAGUCGCCCGCGUUUCAGUCGGGUAGCAUGGAGUGCUAGUUUGAACGUUUUAACCAGCUGGGCUGCUGUUUGGGGCAUCAAUCAAGACUCGGAGGACGGGGAUGGCUCUGGAGCAGCUCAGUGAUGUGGUGCAGAGAUGCCAAGCCCUCGGGGACGACAGCUACACCGCUGAGGAUCACAAUGUUUUCACCGUUGCGGGGCAGACCUGCAUCGAGGAGGGGGACAGCGCGCAGGUCCUCAGUAUCGUCCUGGAUGACAAGAAUCAGGACAUAGUGAGAUGUAUGGGCUGGAACUUGCUGACUCCACUGAUUCAGGUUCUGUUGAAGAAAGAAGACAGAAACCUUCCUCAGUGCCUUGCCAUUUUUAACCACUUGUUAGAGACCUGCAGACCCAAAGAGCUGCUGAUUGGUCUGUUGGAGCAGUUAGAGCAUGACGACCCCGAUACUAUAGCGGAGAGCCUCCAUCUGCUGCUGAACCCUCUACAGAAAGUGCUGCUCUGCCUCGGCAGCCGUAAAGCAUCGUCCCUGGGCAUGACCCUGUCCUCCGUGCUCGACCAGGUGUCCAAACUGCCCAUCCCUCACACCAAGGAGCAAGAGGAGGAUGAUGUGUUUUCCCUUUGUCGCUGCUGCACCGAGCUGAUAGACUUUAUCAGACCCUUUGUUGAGGAGGCCAGCCAGAACGUCCUGAGGCGAGAGACCCCGAGGGAAAACUCCAACAAGACACCGAGCGAACAGGACCAGGAUAAAGAAGACGAACUGCACUCAGAACUUCUGAAGUUUUGUAUGAAGGCUCUGAGCAACCCCUUGUUGGAGGUACAACUCAGGGAUCCGGACACGCUGCCUGUGUCUCCCCUCAGGACUUUUGCCACGGAGAUUAUGAACACGCUUAUGGAUAUCGGAGAGUCCCUGCCCGCUCUCGUGUUCCAGCCUCUGCUGAAGAGGAAGCAGCUUCCAGGCUUUCUGGAGGAGGAGGUGCGAUGCCCUAAAACGUCUCUGGCCGGCUUGGCUCACCUGGUGUUUGUCCAUCACCUGGCCGCUGACAGAUUCCCCAGUGUUUUCAGUUCUGUGUUCUGUCUGCGCAGCAACAUGGAGCAUGUUUUCGUCCUGCUGUCCAGAACUGAGGAGUCUAAACUUCAGAAAGGAUUGGAGCUGUAUGAGAAGAGCCUGGUGCGGGUGGAGGACAACAGUCUGCCGGCAGGUCUGCUGGAGAUAAAAACCUUCCUCACCGUUCCUCAGAACUUGGUGAAGGUCAUGACGAUAUGUCCCAAUCAUGAUCUGAGGACUAGGGGGCUGAAGGUGUUCCAGCUGAGCAUCGAUAAGUUCAGCACUGAAGCCAAGUACAGGUUCCUCCAGUUCAUGCUCAGGAUAAGCAAGCACUCGGGCGUGGAAGGCUACGUCAUUAAAAACAUCCGAAAUCAGAUCGACGUCGCCCUCCAGCCAGGUAACGGGAACCCCUGGUUCGAGGGCGUCCACCUGCUGCCUCUGCUGCGCCACGUCUUCAGCCUGCCGGACGGCCCGGAGACCGAUCUCCUGCAGUACCUGGACAGAGUGAUGGAGGCUCUGAACCUGCUGCGUUACCUGGUGAUCAGAGACAAAGACACAGACAACCAGACGGGCAUCUGGACCGAGCUGUACAAGAUAGAGGAUACAUUCAUGAAGCCGCUGCGUGUUGGGCUGAACAUGUCGAGAGCUCACUAUGAGAGAGAGCUGCAGAACACCCUGCAGAGCAAGAGGAGCAAGGUCAAAGGUCAAGACGAGUCAGUGCUGUCUGUAACCGUCGGUGACGAGAAGCUGCCAAACAUGACAUCAGAGUCCCAGAUUCAGGCUCUGCACUCGGCGCUGCACACUUUCGACAUGAUUGAGAGCGUCUUGGUGCGGAUAGAGGAGCUCACCGAGGUGAAAGACGAUCCAUAACCUGCAGGAGUCCUCCGCCGUCUCAGGGCCAAAACAAGAAGAGUUCACCUUCAACAGCUGUCCACUUUCUUUUGCAUGGAGCCGCAUUGUUUCCAGCUAUGCACUGUUUUCAGGUUUAAAUGUUAAAUAUCGCCCAAAUGUUGGAAGUUUAUCGCUUCUGUGAUGUAAUGAACAUUUUUACACAAAUUAAAUGGUUCAUUCUCGUUU